GGUAAACUGCCGACCAACGGCCCCACAGCGCGCACCACGCAGGUGCCUGUGACGUCGAGUCAUGUGACCACAACAACAUGGCGACCGCAGCAGAGUAGGAGUGAAUAAAAUAAAGAUUUCCAGCAAAGGACUGCCAGGAACGUUAUUUUCAAGCCUGAUUUUCUCGGUAGUCGGAAGCAGACGGUUUCUGCGUGUACUCAGAAUUUGUUGUGUUCCACGCUCAUUUCUCGUAUUUUUUAUUGUCUUCAUUACUUGAUUGACCAUUUUGUUAUGUCAUCUCAGGAAAAUAGAAGAAGCAUGGACAAUAUCGCUCUGUCAAGUGACAGUGAUGCAGGAGAAUGUAACCCAGCUCCAAGCCAGUCAACAGUUGACAAGGAGAAUGUAAAGAACAUGGCCUUCAGCAGUAGUACUAUCAGCCUUGACCCAGAUUCCAACUUAGAUGACGAUGAAGAGAAACAGCGACUCAUUUCUCAAGUGCUGGAAUUACAAAACACUCUUGAUGAUCUGUCCUCACGAGUAGAUUCAGUUAAGGUUGAAAAUCUUAAACUGAAGUCUGAGAACCAGGUGCUGGGCCAGUACAUUGAAAAUCUCAUGGCUGCCAGCAGUGUCUUUCAAUCAGCUACACCUAAGACCAAGAAGAAAUAGAAACCCCAGAUGAAAGUGCUCACGGUGGAAGGUAAAAAGGACAGCAAAACCAAAUCCUACUGCCUGUUCUUUGAUCAUAUGACCAUAUGGAAUUACAGCAGAAAGUAACCACAUGCAUGAUAGCAAAAGGUUCGAAAUCCAUGCAUUUCACUGUCAUUGUUAACCUUAUAUGAUUACCUUUUACCUAAGUGAUAUCAAGGAAGUUUCCAUUGUGAGUUUAGGGGGAGGGGGGAAGUGGGUGGUUAGCCUGUAUCGUGAGAUAGGCAAUUUUCUAGCAAGCACACAAUUAAAUGUCAUUGAUAAUUUUUUUUAUUUAAAGCCUGUGCCUCUUCUUUUGCAUAAAGUCUCUUUAGGAUGAUGCAAUAUCUGAACCUCUCCAGAAACUUUCAUCUGUAUUUGAGCGCAUCAUAUAAAGCAGAUAUAGUAUAGGUUGUGUGCAAUAUUUCAGUAAAUCAUGAUAUUAUGCUUUACUUUGUUUGCCUGUGUGAUUGUACAAACCAGUUCAUUACAACUUUUUACAUGCUAACUUUUCAAGUCAUUUGUGUAUAUUUUGCAUUUGUCCAGACACUGCCAGCUGCUUGGUGACAUGUUGGUCUCUAUUGAUUUUGGGGAUAUUUUUACAUUUUUUCAUUGGAAUAGUCACUAGCAGGAUGCACUGGUGAUUGAUAGUACCACAAAGGAAAGGAAGUUGUAAUGUACUACCCUACCAAAUAUGGAUGUCAGUAUUUUGAUAAAGGGACAGUCCAUCACAAGCAGAAUCUGAUACCAAUGUUACAAGAUAAAAUGUUUUCCAAAAAUUUUUUUUUACUAAGGACAGUCUGCAGGCUACCAUUGUUGUUUUCAGUGUUCCUCUUUUAUCAACUCUGUUUAUGCAAGUGGACCUCUUCCAGUGAGUGUCUUUCAUCAGCCAUCAAUUGCUAUCCAUUUAUAAUAAAACAAGACAAUGUCCCUUUGACAAACAUGCACACCUAAAGCAAACAAAUAGUUUUACGCCUCAAGAUUUUUUUGUUUUUUCCCCACAUAAAUGGAUCAAAACUUUAAUAAAAUGUUUGAUUUUUGA